AUGAGUACUCCUUUAGAGUUCAAUCACAAACUUACCAGUCUAGAAUAUGAUCAAAGUGUUGGUGUUUCUAAUGAUCCUGAACUAGAUGAUGUUACAUUUUAUCAGAGGUUGAUUGGGAAGCUGUUAUAUCUAACGAUUACUAGGCCUGAUAUUUGUUUCAGUGUGCAAGUUUUAAGUCAAUUCAUGCAACAUCCUAAAACUUCUCAUUGGGAAGCAGCACUAAGAAUUGUGAAGUACAUAAAGAGGUCUCUAGGAUUUGGAGUUUUGCUAAGUAAAGGAACUGAACCUUCAAAACUCACUAGAUAUUGUGAUUCUGAUUGGGCUUCAUGUACAAAUACAAGGCGAUCAGUCACAGGGUACAUGGUAAAACUUGGAGAUUCGUUGAUUUCUUGGAAAUCGAAAAAACAGCAGACUGUUAGUCGAAGCUCUGCUGAAGCAAAAUAUAGGAGUUUGGCAGCUCUAGUUGUGGAGUUAGUGUGGUUAGCUGGCUUACUCAAGGAACUUCAUUGUCCAGUUGUUAGUCCAAUAUUAUUUUUCACAGACAGCAAAUCAGCUACCAGAUAG